UAAAAUAAGGAAACUGAUUCUAAAACAAACUUUGAGACUACUCUGGAAUUGCCCUAAACUAGCGAGGCAUUUGUGAAGGGACAAGUCUCAUUCCUCUCGGCUCCUUUCAGUAUUGAAAGUAAGAAAACGACCGUUUCCUCCUCUGUACAUCCCACAUCUAGCAAUACACCCUGGACGAGGGCCUGCACCAGCAACGCUUAACAAUAAUCUGGUUUGUGUUUUAUGUUCACUGUUCAAUUCUUUUCUGGGUUUCAAAUGGCAAGAGAUAGUGCUAGCAAUGGAUCGCCAUCUCACCAAAGAACAGGUCUGUUGAAAGACCAAGUCCGGCUGGUUAAGAAAAAGAAUUCUGAUAGAUAUGAGAUUGCCCCAAUAACGGAUGCCCUGUCAUUUGAGAAAGGAUUCUUUGCUGUAAUCCGGGCUUGCCAGCUGCUGACUCAGAAAAACGAUGGGAUUAUAUUGGUUGGAAUAGCCGGACCUUCUGGAGCCGGGAAGACCAUUUUUACGGAGAAAAUUUUUAAUUUCAUGCCAAAUGUUGCCGUUAUUUCAAUGGAUAAUUAUAAUGAUGCAACUCGGAUUGUUGAUGGCAACUACGACGACCCACGGUUGACAGACUAUGAUACUUUGCUCAAAAACAUUCAUGAUCUUAAGGCAGGAAAACCUGUUGAGGUUCCAAUAUACGAUUUCAAAUCAAGCUCCCGAGUAGGAUUCAGGAGUCUUGAAGUUCCUAGCUCACGCAUAGUGAUUAUAGAGGGGAUCUAUGCUUUGAAUGAUAAACUGAGGCCUUUACUUGAUCUUCGAGUAUCAGUCACUGGGGGUGUCCAUUUCGAUCUAGUGAAGCGAGUGUUGCGCGAUAUUCAACGUGCUGGUCAAGAACCCGAAGAGAUAAUUCAGCAAAUAUCUGAAACAGUUUAUCCAAUGUACAAGGCUUUUAUCGAGCCUGACCUACAAACGGCGCAAAUAAAAAUAACCAAUAAAUUUAACCCAUUCACUGGGUUCCAGAGUCCCACUUAUAUUCUAAAGUCAUCAAGGGAUGUGACAGUAGAAGUGAUCAAGUCAUCAUUGUCGGAGGAUUAUGUAGAGAGUACAGAAGAGACAUAUGAUAUUUAUCUUUUGCCACCUGGUGAAGAUCCUGAAUCAUGUCAUUCAUACCUGAGGAUGAGGAACAAAGAUGGAAGAUAUAAUCUCAUGUUUGAGGAAUGGGUGACAGAUUCUCCAUUUAUUAUAUCACCAAGAAUAACCUUUGAAGUAAGUGUGAGGCUUCUUGGUGGAUUGAUGGCUUUAGGGUACACAAUAGCAGCAAUCCUAAAAAGAAGCAGCCAUGUGCUUCGUGAUGAAAGGGUCUGCAUUAAAGUUGAUUGGCUUGAACAGCUCAAGCGUCAAUAUGUGCAGGUCCAAGGAAGAGAACGUUUGGUUGUGAAGUCUGUUGCUGAUCAGCUGGGUCUGGAAGGUUCCUACAUCCCACGCACAUAUAUUGAACAAAUACAGCUAGAAAAGCUUGUGAACGAAAUCAUGGUGUUACCGGAUGAUUUGAAAACAAAGCUUAGCUUAGAUGAGGAUCUUGUGUCCAGCCCUAAAGCUGCGCUUUCGCUUGCGUCAGCUGAAAUGUUGGCAUCCCGGAAUAAGAAAAUCCAAAGGGACAAAAGUAUGUCCAAAGAUGACCGGUAUUCAUUGACCUUCCGGAAGCUUGAUAACAGGACUCUACCAUCAACAUUAGCAAACCAGGGAGCUAUUGAGCAUCUAUCAGAACAGAUUUCAACAUUGAAUGACCGAAUGGAUGACUGCACUUCGAGGAUGGAAGAACUCAGUUCGAAACUAAGCAACCGACGACGAAGAUCUCCUAGUAAUCCCAAAAAUUCCACUGCCCAGCAAUCUGAAGCCUGCAAUGGAUCUGCCCCCACUUCUCACUUCAUAUCCGGUUUGGAGAACGGUUCCUUGACUAGUUCCAUUAUGCCUCAUUCUUCGUCAUCAUCCCAUAUUGCCAGGGAUUCCACUUUCUUGGAGGAGCUAUCUAGUAUUGCUCGGAAUCAGCGGCAGAUUAUGAUUCAACUGGGAAACCUGGGCACUCUUCUCAGUGAGGGGCCGGGUCGUGGAUCUCAUCAAGAUAGUACUAGCCAGCAGCAUAGGUUAAUUGCUGGGCUUGAACCGGUCAAAGUCUAUGUUCUCUCUGCUUUAGCAGUUGCUGGGUGUGGAAUCUUGCUACUUAGGAGUUUUCGACAUUGAAAUUGAAAACAAGAAAUAGAUCUUGCUCUAGCAUAAGUGCUUUUUCUUUGACACCUCUAUUUUAGUUGUGGUGCUGCCCUUCUCGUCGGGAAAAGAAUAUUUUUUAGACAAUAUACAGAAAACAUAUUUAUGCUCUGUUAUGAGAUUUACUAGAAGAGAAGGGCAAAAACUUUUUAACUCUUUUUGGGGAAAUUCCUACAGUUUAAUUCUUUCCACAUAAUAAUGUUUAUUGAUGUAGCUUUAUGGCAUGACUCCCUCCCCUUACCCACC